AAUAUAAAGUUGCAAACGAAACGACAGAGAUUCAACUAUUCGCCAUCGUGGAAGUACAUAGUUGAUGUCAUACGUCUUCAGAAUAGUUGGAGAGUAGUUACUGGAGCUGAAUCCAGUAGACCCUGCUUCAUGAUUAUUGCUGCGUGUCAGUUACAUUAGUGGAAGUUAAAGAUGGAGGAAGGCACGUCAAACAGCAGGAUGGAACGGUAUUCCAAGCUCAAUAAGGACUCUUGGUUCGGUCAGUUUAGAUGUGGCUCCAAUCCAUGGAUGGCCAGAUACGUCUAUGGUUUAUUGUUUCUCCUUGCAACUUUGUUGGCAUGGGCAGUUCGGGAUUAUGGCCGUUUUGCUUUGAUCGAAUUUAAGAAACUAAAAGAUUGCAAAGGUGGAGAAGAUUGUAUGGGUACUGAAGGAGUUCUACGAGUGAGCCUAGGAUGUUUUCUAUUCUAUUUCGUAAUGUUCAUUUCUACAGUGGGGACCUCAAAGUUGCAUGAUGCAAGAGAAUCUUGGCAUUCGGGAUGGUGGUUCGCCAAAAUGCUCCUUAUGAUUGUACUCACAGUGCUGCCUUUUCUUGUUCCUUCCUACGUUGUCCAAAUCUAUGGGGAGAUCUCACAUUUUGGUGCGGGGGUAUUUUUACUAAUUCAACUCAUUAGCAUAAUCAGCUUCAUUACAUGGCUCAACGAAUGUUGUCAAUCAGACAAAUAUGCCGAGAAAUGCCAUAUCCAGAUGAUGUUAUUAGCAACUACUGCAUAUGUUGUAUGCAUAUUGGGGAUCAUAAUGAUGUAUAUAUGGUAUGCACCUGACGCGUCUUGUCUUCUUAACAUAUUCUUCAUUACCUGGACAUUGGUACUUCUCCAACUAAUGACCAGUGUUUCUCUCCAUGAAAAAGUCAAUGCUGGUUUCUUAACUCCAGGGUUUAUGGGUCUUUAUGUCGUCUUCCUAUGUUGGUCUGCUAUCAGAAGUGAACCUCCAGAAGGAAAAUGCAUGCAAAAGACAGAAGAUGCAAAUAAAAGUGAUUGGCUGACUGUCAUAAGCUUUGUUGUUGGGGUGCUUGCGAUGGUGAUAGCGACAUUUUCAACCGGCAUUGAUUCAAAAUGUUUUCAGUUCAAGAAGAAGGAGACGGAAUCAGAAGAUGAUGUUCCAUAUGGAUUUGGAUUCUUUCAUCUUGUAUUUGCAACUGGAGCUAUGUACUUUGCAAUGCUAUUGAUUGGUUGGAACACUCACGUCCAUACCAUGCAAAAAUUUACAAUUGAUAUUGGUUGGACCAGUACUUGGGUCAGAAUAGUGAAUGAAUGGUUAGCCGUCUGCCUCUAUUUAUGGAUGCUAGUGGCUCCAGUUAUAUGGAAGAGCAGACAAACUGGUGAAUUAUCAGUAUAAUAGCAAAACAAGGAUUCAGACAGACAAAAGAAGAAAAACAAAACCUUUUUAUUAUAUGGAUGCCCUCCUCCUCCGUUUAACUGAAUAAAAAAGCAAAGGUUAAAAUCAAAGAUUGAGAAUC